AUGGCGGAGGAUAAACAUAACGAUGAGUUGAUGGAGGUUGAGGAGGUGGCGGUGUCUGACGGCGGCGUCGCACGAUUUGCGCCGGUAGACGUGCAGAGCGGUGAGGAAAAGUAUGAAGUUGUGUGGCAAGAAACGGCGAAGCUGCUGCGUUUUGAUGAGGGAGAGAAUCAGUGGAAAGAGCGCGGACAAGGCACCGCGAAGAUACUGCGGAGGAAAGAUGAACACGGCAAGUACAUGUUUGUUUUUCGCCGCGAGGGCAUCGGCAAACUAGCGGCGCAGCACUACCUUUUGAAGUCAAUGACCGUGAAGUUUCAUCCUCAGAGCGAAAAGGCGCUGCUUUGGAUGGCGCACAAGGACUACACCGAUGAUGAGGAGGGAUUUCCGGAGAACUUUGUGAUGCGCUUCACCUCUAAGGAGCUUGCUGAGAAGGCAUUAAAGGCCUUCAAGGACGCCAUCUCCGCAUCUACUGUGUAG